GUUGCUACCGCUGCUCCAUUUUCGUGUGCGUGUGUGCUUCCUACAGCGAGUUACAAGUUUCCUGUGUCCUUUAUCAACACUUAUCAGCGCAGAAUGCCAAAGUACUGUCGCUACCCCUCACAAUAUGUCUAGCCAUCGAGCAAGUUAUCCGUGACUAUCUCAACCAAUUCACCUGUCAGAAGAAACUGUGCUAUUGGCCAAAUCCUCCGUGCUCACCACCCGGAGGCCAGAAUGACUGAGGAACCUUUGCCUAAGAGGGUUCGCCUCUGUGAAUCAGAUUUAAAGACACUUCCCAGAGAGGAACUUUGUGAACGAUGGAAAGAAGAGGAAGCUUAUGUGCAAACACUUGAGUCAAAGUAUUCAGAGCCGAAUUCUAACGAGGUGACCUGCCUGCGGGAGUCUGAAGAAAGCCUGAAGCUGCAGCAGCAGGAGGCAGCACGCAGGGAGAACAUCCUGGUCAUGAGGCUGGCCACCAAAGAACAGGAGAUGCAGGAGUGCACUACCCAGAUCCAGUACCUUAAGCAGGCCCAGCAGCCAAACUUGUCCCAUCUGAGGUCUUUGACUGUGGACCCUGCCGUCAACCUGUUUUUCCUCAAAAUGAAGAGCGAACUGGAGGACACUAAAGACAAACUGGAGCAGGCCCAAAAUGAACUCAGUGCCUGGAAAUUUACACCUGAUAGCCAGACGGGGAAGAAGCUGAUGGCUAAGUGCCGCAUGCUGAUCCAGGAGAACCAGGAGCUGGGCCGCCAGCUGUCCCAGGGACGCACCGCCCAGCUGGAGGCCGAGCUGGCCCUGCAGAAGAAGUACAGCGAGGAGCUCAAGGGCAGCCAGGACGAGUUGAAGGACUUCAUCAUCCAGCUGGACGAGGAGGUGGAGGGCAUGCAGAGCACCAUCCUGGUCCUGCAGCAGCAGCUGAAGGAGUCCCGACAGCAGCAGCAGGCCCAGGGCCAGGCCCCCGGAGGCCCGGCCCCCGGGGGCCCCACACCGCCGGCCCCUAAGCAGGCCUGGCCGGCCGGGCUGGUGAAUGGCCCAGGCAGCACUAGCCCUACUCAUAGGACAGCAGUAACAGGCCUGGGCCCUGCCCCAGAGACAGACAGCCAAGCAGAGCAGGAGUCCCUACCAUCGCACUCCACCGGGGCCGAUGCAAAACUGUCCAACUCCAACCACUCUGGGGAUGUGAACCAGCUUAGCGAGGGCUAUGAGACUGUAGACUCCCCCACUGGCAGUGAGGCGUCCUUCACGCAGCGCUCCAUAGACUGGAACCCAGAGCCCCAGGAGGAGAGCACACUGGCUGGGAAGGCCAUGAGAACUACAGGCUCACGUCAAGCUCAGAAUGGCUUGAAUGUUUCAGUUUAGGGUCUAAGACAGUUGGCUCUCACUCUCUCACUUUUGUGACUAGAAAUCAUGCCCUGAUGCUCUACCUAGGUUCCUGCUGGUAUCCGUCAGACUAUGUAGAAACAGAGUUACUGAAUAGGACACUAUGCAGUGAUUCGGAAAUACAUUCUCAGAGAUUCCUUUGAAUCUUUCCAUGGAAACAGUGAGUAUGUUGUCCAUAUCUGUGCACAUUAUCUGUUAGGAUUAUGAUUGUUUUAAGUGUAACAACUUUUGUGCUGCUUACCAAUUGUUUUGAACAGGAUCAUCAUUUUUUUCAAUAAUUGUGAAGCAAGUAUGGUUUACAAAUUGUGGUAUUCUGAAUUUGUAUUUCUUGUCCUAGACUGAAUUCCAAUAAAGUUUUUUUUGUUAAAAUGUUAUGCCGUUGAAAUCUG